AUGACGGCCACUGCUCUCGGUCCUUUGCUCCUGGCGACGACAUGGACGUCGCUGUGGUCGCCCACCGAUGCCCAAUGCACCCCGGAGUUGCGUCGCAAGAGACCGACGCACACACUGUGCAAGCCUCCCAACCCUGCGUGCACGAUCUACAAGGGGGGCGUGGACGGCGUUCAGCGAGCUCUGAUUCUGAGCCGCCACAAUGAACACCGGAGCCAGGUGGCGCAGGGGCGGCUGCCGGGAUUUUCGUCGGCGACUGACAUGCAGGAGUUGCUGUGGGACGACGAGCUGGCUCUAGUGGCGCAGGCCCACGCAGACCUCUGCACGCCCGCCACCGGAGAUUUACUGAAGCACGACAAACACGAGGACCGCUUCACCUCGAAAUUCCAAAAUACGGGUCAGAACUUGGCCUGGGAUGGACAGUCAUACCCGGUCGACGGGCCGAACUGGACCUUGGCCAUCGACGAGUGGUACACCGAGUACAAGUACUACCCGGCCAAUUACGUCCGCCAGUUUCCCGGUGUGGGACACACGGUGAAGCCCACGGGACACUUCACUCAGGUCGCCUGGGCCAAGACUCGCUACAUCGGCUGCGGCUACGUCUACUACGUGGUACCCGGGGCACGCUUCCCGCACAUGCGCAAGUACACCUGCAACUACGGUCCAUCGGGGAACUACAGGCGGCGACCCGUCUACGAGGAGGGAGCCACGUGCAGUGCCUGUCCGCCGCCCACUCACUGCAGCCAAGCCACGGGACUGUGCGAUGGCCACGGGCCUGCGCAAAAGGGCGGGCAAGACCCUCUGCCGAUACCUGGGUCAGAAAAUCCGCCACCGGACUCUCCCGGAAUGCCGCCCACCUUGGGGACGGAAAUGGAGACGCCGUCGUGGCCUUACGUAACGCUAGGCGUGACACUGGUUGCGGUGUUAGCCUUACUAACUGGCAUCGUCCUGUGUUGGCGCACCAUCGCUCGUACCGAUUACCUGACGGGAACUUCUGUUGCCCCCACGCAGACCGAAUAG